CCAUAGCGUAAAGAUAAUCCUUCAAUCCAAACUUUACUUUCAUUGUUUAUUUGGAUCAUGCGAAAACAGAGAAGCUGAAAUAUCUCUGUUUGUCGGGUCACAAGACAUUAUCGCGAUCUUCUUGACGGGUUGGUGAAUCCGAACUCCUGAUCCGACCCGGCCGGAAAACGCCCUUGGCCACCGUCAUGACUCGGCGGUGCUCGCAUUGCAGCAACAACGGCCACAACUCCCGGACCUGCCCGACCCGAGGGGUGAAGCUUUUCGGAGUCCGAUUGACUGACGGGUCGAUCCGGAAGAGUGCUAGUAUGGGUAACUUGACCCACUAUGCCGCCGCCGCCGCCGCCGCCGGCUCCACGCCGCAGAACGGCGCCGCCCUUGACUCCCCGGAUCACACCGCCGCCGUGGAUGGUUAUGCCUCCGAGGAUUUCGUUCCCGGAUCCUCCUCCAGCCGCGAACGGAAGAAAGGGGUUCCAUGGACUGAAGAAGAACAUAGGAUGUUUCUUCUAGGUCUUCAGAAGCUUGGCAAAGGCGAUUGGCGUGGAAUUGCACGCAACUUUGUGAUUUCAAGAACACCAACACAGGUUGCAAGCCAUGCGCAGAAAUAUUUUAUCAGGCAAAGUAAUUUGUCAAGGCGUAAAAGACGCUCCAGCCUGUUCGAUAUUGUUGCAGAUGAACCAGCCGAUGCUCCAGUGGAAUCUCAUGAUAUCAUGCCUACCAAUCAUCCUCAAAACGAGACACAGAGCGAGAACCCACUGUCUGAUCCUCCUAAUAUGGAUGAAGAAUGUGAAUCUAAGGCUUCUGCAAACUCCAAUAAUGAUGGAGAAAUCUUGCUUCCAAUUCCAGAGAGCUCCCAAUACCCAUAUCCACUUGUAUACCCCGCGUACGUGACUCCCAUAUAUCCUCUCCCCAUUCCAUAUUGGCAAGGGUAUAACAGCCCAGAGCCAACCAAAGGUGAGAGGCACGAAGUGCUUAAGCCCACGGCAGUCCAUUCCAAGAGCCCUAUUAAUGUGGAUGAAUUAGUUGGGAUGUCAAAACUGACCUUAGGGGAAUCACUUGCUGAUGUAAAGCCACCUUUGUCUCUUGAACUAGUCGAAGGCUCAACAAGGCAGUCGGCCUUCCAUGCAAAAUCCGUGAGUUCUAGCCACAACCCGAUCCAUGCAGUCUAGUAAGGGCGUGUUUGGUAGGGGGGAAGAAACCAUUUCCCCUCUCCUCAUUUUGUUCAAAAAAUUGUCUUGAACCAAACGAGGGGAGGGAGUGAGGGACACAUGAAACAACAAUGGAGUGUUGCCUUGUUUAUUAUGGUUUAGUCAUGACUUCAUUUGUUGGAAUAACAUCUGUAGCUUGGGUUUUAGGAACCAUUAACAAAAAAAACGUUACUUCGUCUUCAGCUUUACGACAUUUUCUUCUUCCUGGUGGGAUGAUCCGUGUUGGGCAAUAAAGUCGAGGGUGAGUUCGACUCCAGUUCGAUCUAAGUUCAGACAAGUUGAUAUUCUAGUUGAUUCAUUUUCUGUGUGAAGGUACAAGUGUGAAGGUACAAGUCUACCAGUCUUGUAUAGAAAUGUUUUGUCCAACUUGAUUUGUUUAUAUUUUGUGUGACCAAAUUUCAAACAGUAGUGGUAACUUUUUUUCCCUUGCUUGUCCAUAAUUUACACCAGGCAAUCAGGUCAAUUGGUUAAGUUGUGUUUCGGGUAUAUGUUAUAACCAGUUCGAUUCGAUUUUGUUCAGGUUCGGGUUUUAUUUGGUUUCGGUUGGAUGAGUUACUUUUCAGUUUAGAUGCGAUUUGGGAUAUUAUUGGUUCAAGCGCUGGAUGGUUUGAGG